UAUAAUUGCAUGGCAGGUAUUAACACUAUAUGAAUACAUAUAUUACACUGUAUUAAUACAAACUGUGGAGUCAGCGGGAGGUUAGGGACAUUUAAACCGUACAACGCGAUGCGUUGACAGUCCAGUUAUGGAUCAGAUCACCACCACGCCUUGUAUUCGUAGUACUAGUAAAUAGUCUACUCUGAGUACUGACUCAGGGUCAGUCGAAGUUUUUCAGACAACAUUAUUUGAAAUAGGCUGAGCGAUAAGUAAGGUAAUCCUGGGUCAACCUGAAAGAGCAGAUCCGAUUGGAUCCGAGCCGCCAGGGGGACAGCCAAUGACACUGGACGGUUAAAUGGCGCAUCAUUUGAACACGUCGAGUUCGCUGAACUUCCGCAAGUUGCGAUGCUAGCCGCAUAGCUUGCUACCACAACAUUGAGCGUCCCCCCAUCGGUCUUGUGGUGUUACUUGUCUGGCAGCGUCUCUCUCGCCCGUCUCUAAAGUUCCAGCGUUUUGCGCAGCGCCGCGCAGCACACCAGGAGAAUGCGCAACACCUCCACCUCCAGACGGAAGCCCAGUACCCCACAACGGCGCGCCCCUGCCGCGCCCUCGCCCCGGAAAAAGGGCAGCCCCCAGGCCGCAGCCCAAUCCCCUCGGAGGAGGAAGAAGUUCCGGCCAGGCACCCGAGCUCUCAUGGAGAUCCGCAAGUACCAGAAAUCUACCGAACUGCUGCUGCGGAAGGGGCCCUUCUCCAGAGUGGUGCGAGAGGUGUGCCAGACCUUCAGCUUGCUGCACCUGAGGUGGCAAGCCAUGGCCCUGCUGGCUUUACAAGAGGCUUCCGAGGCCUUCCUGGUACGGCUCUUCUCCGACGCCAACCUCUGCGCCAUCCACGCCAAGCGCGUGACACUGUUUCCACGCGACCUGCAGCUCGCUCGACGGAUCCGGGGAGUGGAAGCCCUCUGAGGAAGAGGAGGGGGAGGAGGAAGAGGAGGGGGGGGGGGCGGUGGCAAGGGCUUGCCCUCUCUGGCCCCUGUGGGUCCUUACUCCCGCCCUCCAUGUUUGCUGUGUAUAGUUUUAAGGUCCAACGUGUUUUUAGACAGAAUUUAUUCAGAAAACUGACCCACUGCUUGAAAUGUGCAGGUAUUUAAAAAAUAAUUAAUUCUGGGUGCAAAGCAUUUUGAGUAAUUCCCGGUCUUAUGAAAAGCAUAUAAUCUAAACUCUGGAGGCACAGACCCCCAAAUCUGUUGUCGUGUGGAUAUGUUUGAUAUUCAUAAUAAUGAAUCGACAUCUGCCUCCAAUUCUUUUUUCUUUUCUUUUUCUUUUUGUAUAAAGUGUACAUGGACUCUAACUCUCUAUAUUCAACCAGUGUAUGUCAAAUGAUAAUUGAAGAAUCUGUAUCCACUGAUAUGCAUGGUGCCCGUUAAAUCGUGCUUUUUAAGUAACCAUUGUAAUUCUGUAAAUAAUUUGUGAUUUUUAUGGUUUUAUGUUUUGUUUUUUUUACAAUAAAAAUGUGUUUCAGAA